AUGUCGGCGACCCCAACGGUUCUCCGCUUCGGGCAGCUCGUUAUUGGGCCUCCAGGCUCUGGAAAAUCGACCUACUGCAGAGCGAUGAAGGAGUUCUUGACGGCACUCGGUAGAAAGGUUGUCAUUGUCAAUAUGGACCCGGCGAACGAAGCCGUUCCCUACGAAUGUGCCUUGGACGUGUCGGAACUGAUCACCCUGCAAGACGUGAUGGACAGACUGCACCUGGGACCAAACGGGAGCCUCAUAUACUGCAUGGAGUACCUAGAGAAGAACUUGGAGUGGCUCAAAAGUCGCCUGGACGCCUUCAAAGAGCAGCAUUAUUUCCUGUUUGACUGUCCAGGACAAGUGGAACUGUAUACUCACCACUGCUCCGUCAGGAACGUGGCCCAGCAGCUGGAGAAGUGGAAAUUCAAGUUGGUGGCUGUUCAUCUGGUGGAUUCUCACCACUGUGUUGACCCUGGGAAGUUUGUCUCAAUACUCUUCACCUCUCUCUCCACAAUGGUUCAAAUUGAACUGCCCCACAUUAAUCUCCUCUCUAAAGUCGACCUCAUGGAACAAUAUGGAAAACUGGCGUUUGGUCUGGACUACUACACCGAAGUUCUCGACCUUCGAUAUCUGCUGGAGCUCAUGUCUGAUGAACCUUUCUUCCACAAGUACAGGAAGCUGAACGAAGCUCUGAUUACACUGGUGGAGGACUACAGCCUUGUCUCUUUCCUACCUCUAACUGUCAAGGAAAAGGAAAGUAUGGCGAGUGUUGUGAAGGCAGUUGACAAGGCAGGGGGAUAUAUGUACGGACAUGCCGAUGGAUCUUCAAUGUCCAGUCUGGUCUCUGCAUACUACGGUGCAGAGAGAAGAGGCGAGACGGAUAAAACUGGAGCCCGCCAGAGGAGCAGGAAGCGCGCCGAUCUCUACAUCUAUGCUCGGCUGCAGUCUUACCUGAGGGAGGACAUAGUGCUGCGGAGAAAUAGAGUUAUGCAGCCGCCCCCUCGGGAUGAAACGUGUCGACUUACAGGUCACCUUCGCGCGUUCGGCGGAGUGAGCGCUGACGUCUCUCGCGAGCCCGUUUUCGUGGACGAGAGACUGGUGCGGAGGAAGCAGAAGAUAAAGCAAGCCAGUGACGCUCCGGAGAAGAAGUGGUGUGACCUGAAAAUGGAGAUAUCGGGGCGAUGCUCCGGAAUCGACCUGACAAAAGUUCAAGGGGAGCUCAGACAAUUACACCGUGCAACCCGAGAAAUUGUUGGAGAUGACGUUGCAACUGCGGUGGUCGAUUCGGCGGCCGUUUUUCUCUACACCCUCUUUGCCGUGGACCAGCGAUGGAGUCGAGAGCACGCAGAGAAAAUCCGCAAGACCCUCGGACCGUUUCCCGCGUCCGCAGCCAACCGAGCUUGCGAAUCAGUGAAGAGAAUCGUCAAACUCUUGCCCGAAAAUAUCGGCGAGGAAAGCAAAAAUAGUACGGACAAAGAAUCACACGUACUACAAGACAAGGAAAUGAAGAGAGAAUUUGGAAGCAAUAUUGUGUUUGCUUCUCCUAAAAACAUACGCGAAGAAGUUGCAGCGUUUUCGAGCGGGGAAAAUGGCGGACAAGAAAUCGGGCGCGAUUCGCUGUCUGAGGACGAAGAAGCUGAAAGCAACGCUUUUUCUCGGGCACUACUGAUGGGUAUGGCGCAAACGAGUAAAACCGACAGUGGUGGAGAAAGGGUUAAAUCUAAAACGAGAUCGAGCGGAAAGCCAGCUGGUGUUGUUGCCAUGGGAACCGGUGACCCCGCCCCCUACACCAGCGAGUGGCUGGCGGGGAAAUUGGAGGUGGUGUGUGCUGGAGGUGCCAUGGCCUGGAAUGACCUUUACAUGGCGGUGUUUGAUGUUCUCAGUUCUGCUCAGGACAACUCCGCUAUACAGGGAGAGCUGGUAGAAUUACUGGGAUUCUCUCAACUGGACUUCAUCGAGGGCCUACUGAUGCACAGACAGCAGCUGGUCUCCUCUGCUCUCGACGACUCCUCCCUCCUCCUCUCUCGCUCCGGGAAGAGUAACCAUCACGUCAGAGGUCAAAGGGCACCGGUGCAGUCGUCGCACUAUAGACCUGCAGUUUCGAGUCAGGUCGUCAUACAGUCGGGUGAGGAGAAAGCUCUGAGGAAGCAGCUGAGGAAGGAGGAGAAGAGACAGGCAAAGAGUAUUCGGAAGGAUGGAGGGGGAGUGGCGGAGGAUCACGUGGCAGUUCUCAGGGCUCAGGGGUUUGACCCCGACGAACUGAGAAAACAUAGAGAGCGAGCUCUGGAAGAGGCCAGUUUCCGACCUCUGUUGACCCCACACCACUCCACAGCUGCCGAUCCCAGCCAGCUCUAUCCCAACGUCUAUGACUCUCUGGCAAAGGCCAAACUCACUGCUGCAUACGUCGCUGGAGCUAAGGUUGGAAUCCCGGAGAAUGCAGUGAGGAAGUCUGACCGUAUGAUGGAGGAGUUUCACAUUCCACACUCGAGUGCCCCGCCCCCUCCAGUGGGGGAAGAGAAGGUCCGCAUUGCCGAGAUUGAUGAUGACCUCAUCCAAAUUGCCUUCCAAGGAGUGAAGACUCUAAAUAGAAUCCAGUCGGUUGUGUUUGACGUUGCGUUCUACACCAGUGAAAACCUGCUCAUCUCGGCCCCAACUGGUGCGGGUAAGACCAACAUCGCCAUGCUCACCGUUCUCAGGGAGAUCAAGAACAACAUGGAGGGCCGCGUCAUCAGGAGAGACAAAUUCAAGAUAAUCUACGUGGCUCCAAUGAAAGCCCUGGCGGCAGAGAUGGUGCGGAAUUUCAGCGGGAGACUGGCUCCUCUCGGCAUCACAGUCAGAGAACUGACUGGAGACAUGCAACUCACCAAGAAUGAGAUCAAGAACACCCAGAUGAUAGUGACGACACCUGAAAAGUGGGACGUGGUGACGAGAAAAGCGACGGGCGAUGUCCAGCUGGCGCAGAUAGUGAGGCUGCUCAUCAUCGACGAGAUUCAUCUUCUUCACGAAGACAGAGGGGCCGUUAUCGAGAGUCUCGUGGCCAGGACCCUCAGACAGGUUGAAUCCAGUCAGACUCUAAUCAGGAUCGUUGGUCUCUCGGCAACGUUGCCAAAUUACGUCGAUGUGGCGCAAUUCCUCCGCGUCAACCUCUAUCAGGGCCUCUUCUUCUUCGACAGUCGUUUCCGACCGGUCCCACUCUCGCAGACUUUCGUCGGCGUCAAGGCGACCAAUCGGAAUCAGCAGAUGAGGGACAUGGAGGAGGUGUGCUACGAUAAGGUGUUUAGCAACGUGAGGAGAGGGUAUCAGGUGAUGGUUUUUGUACAUGCCCGCAACGCUACGGUCCGCACGGCAACAGCACUGCGGGAUCUGGCCUCCUCCAACGGCGAACUCGCCCACUUUCAACACGAGCAGACCCCCAGAUACGGUGCCGUUGAGAAACAGGUAAUGCGGUCGAGGAACAAGCAGCUGCGAGAUCUCUUUGGAGACGGGUUCAGCACCCACCACGCGGGGAUGCUACGAUCGGACAGAAAUCUCGUGGAGCGCAUGUUUGCAGAGGGAUUCGUGAAGGUCUUGGUGUGCACGGCGACGCUGGCUUGGGGAGUCAACCUACCAGCUCAUGCCGUCAUCAUCAAGGUGAAUUGGAUCACUACAAAUUUUUUUGAAGUUCGGUACGCAAGUCUACAAUGCUCAAAAGGGAGCAUUCAUAGAUCUCGGAAUACUCGACGUUCUCCAGAUAUUCGCCGAGCCGGCCGGCCGCAGUACGACACGUACGGAGAAGGAACCAUUAUCACCACGCACGACAAGCUGUCUCACUACGUGUCGCUCAUGACCAGACAACAUCCCAUCGAGAGCAGAUUGAAGGAAGGACUGAGGGACAAUUUGAACGCCGAGAUUGCCCUGGGGACGGUGACGAGUGUCGAGGAGGCAGUGCAGUGGCUUGGCUACACCUUCCUCAACGUCAGAAUGAGACUCAACCCACUGGUCUACGGCAUCCCAAACUCCUACAGAGAGACGGACCCUACACUGGAGCAGUACAUGCGUGGGUUGAUAGAGGCCAGUGCGAGAUCACUGACGCAGGCUCGAAUGAUCAGAUUCAUUGAGCACACGGGCACCCUUCACUCUACUGAUCUCGGACGUACUGCCAGUCACUACUACAUCAAUGCCACCAGUAUUGAGACGUUCAAUGAGCUGUUGAAGCCAUACAUGAACGAGGCGGAGAUGAUGGCUAUGGUGGCCAAGUCAAAGGAGUUUGAGCAAGUCAAAGUGAGGGAUGAUGAACAGUCAGAGUUGGAGCAGCAUCGAGACGAGACCGUGUGUCUACAGAUCCAGAGCGUGAGUGGAGAAUUCUACGGAAAGUCAACAUCUGCUCUGCAAGUUACGAUCUCCAGAGAGCUGUGGACACGCUUCUCGACUCCGUCAGACUUGGCUUACGUGGCCCAGAAUGCAGGCAGGAUUAUUCGCGGACUGUUUGAAAUCGUCCUCCGUCUUGGGUGGCCGGUGAUGUCCUCUCGUCUCCUCACACUCUGCGCUGCGUCGACCGCCAACUCUGGUCCUUCCAGCACCCUCUCAGACAGUUCGAGAAGCAGCUGUCGCACGACGUCCUGAACAAGAUUGAGUCGAGGAAGAUGGAGCUUCACCGAC